AUGAUCUUUGUCAAAGCGGAUGUUUCCAAAUGGCCCGAGGUUUUGAACAUUUUUAAAAAAACAUGGGAUCGCUUUGGGGCCAUCGAUGUCGUGCUUUCAAACGCCGGUACUCAUGCUUUCGAGACCUUGCAGGAUGAAGCGCUGGACGACGACGGUUACCCAACAGCUCCGAGUCUGACGAGCUUCGAGGUCAACUUGCACUCCGCAGCGUACUGCACCAAGGCCGCGGUUCAUUUCUUUAAGAAACAGCCGCAAAGAAAGUGCCAAUUGGUCUUUACUGGCUCAGCAGCGAGUCUAAUCGACACGCCGCCACUUUACCUUUACUGUGCCGGUAAGGCUGGGGUACUUGGUCUCAUGAGAGGAAUGAGACAUAGUCUUCCGUGUGAAAACAUGUCGGUCAACAUGGUUGCGCCUUGGAUGACAGUAACCCCCGCGAUGCCAGAUUGGAUCAAGGAGAAAUGGGGUGAGUUGCCCACGAAUGAUACUAUCGGAGUGGCAAAGGCACUCCUGCUGCCGGCAGUUCGGACCGAUACCAACGGCAAGACUUUAUGGGUCGCCGGUAACGAUAUUGUCGAGAUAGAGGACGCUCUCCACGAAGCUCAGCCGCAAUGGCUUGGAGCCAGGUUGUCGGCAGAUGUUGACGAGGGUCAGUUGCGCUUGGGUAUCGGCGCUUGA